GAAAGUGCUCAGCCACUGGCCCGAUGUACUUCAUGACUUCAUUUCAGCCAAGUGUGGGGACCAGACAGGAUUUGUUGGUGACCGGCAGAUCAGUACUGGAGCCCACUGAUUCCAUCUCGGUGUGUUUGAUUUAACAAUGGAGUCUUUCUCUGCUGACACCAAUUCAACUGACCCACACGCACCGCCUCCACUUAAAGCCCAACAAAUCCUCUCCAUGGUUAUUCUCUGCCUCACUUGUCUACUGGGGCUGCCAGGCAACGGGCUGGUGCUUUGGGUGGCUGGCCUAAAGAUGAAGCGGACCGUGAACACGGUUUGGUUUCUCCAUCUCACGCUGGCCGAUUUUAUCUGCUGCCUUUCCUUGCCCCUCUCCCUGGCUAACCUGAUUCUCCAAGGCUACUGGCCCUAUGGCUUGUUCCUAUGCAAACUUAUCCCAUCCAUCAUCAUCCUCAACAUGUUUGCCAGCGUCUUCCUGCUUACGGCCAUUAGCCUGGACCGCUGUCUGAUGGUAUACAAGCCAAUCUGGUGCCAGAAUCAUCGGAAUGUGAGAACAGCCUUCACCGUCUGUGGAUGUGUUUGGGCGGUGGCCUUUGUGAUGUGUGUACCAGUAUUUAUAUACCGUGAUCUACUCACUAUAGACAAUCACAGUAUGUGUAUCUAUAAUUUUGAUUCCCACGAGAAUUCUGAUUAUUGGGACUACAUGUAUAAAGACUUACCAGAAAGCAAUACUACCGGCAACGCCACUGCUCCGCUAAUAGGACAAGUGGACGACAGAUCAGAGCCUUCCUCUUUCCAAAAAAGUGAUGACUGUCAGACAGCUGUCAUGGCCCUCCAGUCACAAAUAUUCCAAAAACCUUCUGAAGAUCCAUUCCCUCUAGAUUCAACAAGACUGUCUAGUGAACGAGGUCACAACAGUGUAAAACAGCCCCGUGUGCUCUUACCCGCCAUCCCCAGUGGGCUUCCUGUGGAAGAUCACAGAACCAACACACACAACGUCGACGCUUUUCUCUCUGCUCAUACAGGGCUUUCCACUACUGCUUCUAGCAGUGACGUACACCACCCUGAGCAGUCACAAGAUUUCCGGGAUGACUAUUCCACUCAGUUCACGCACAGCAAUCACAAGCCAACACCUCUGGUGGCAAUAAACGUCACAAGACUGGUGGUGGGCUUUCUGGUGCCCCUUUUCAUCAUGGUGGCUUGUUACAGCCUCAUUGUCUUCCGAAUGCGAAAAUCCAGCUUCACCAAGUCUCGGAGCAAAACCUUACGGGUGGCCCUCGUGGUGGUGACUGUCUUUUUUGUCUGCUGGACUCCAUACCAUAUUGUUGGAGUCCUAUUGCUGAUUGCUGACCCAGAAACUCAUUUGAUGGAAGCCGCGUUAUCCUGGGACCACAUUUCCAUUGCUUUAGCAUAUGCCAAUAGUUGCUUCAACCCUUUCCUUUAUGCCCUUUUGGGGAAGGACUUUAGGAAAAAAGCAAAACAGUCCAUAAAGGGCGUUCUGGAGGCGGCCUUUAGUGAAGAGCUUACGCACUCUACCAGCUGUACCCAGGACAAAGCCUCUUCAAGAAGAAACAAUUUGAGUACAGAUGUGUGAAGAUGUGGAGUGGGGACCUAAGAUGCUCCCAGGUGAAUACUGAUGAAGGAAGACAUGGUGAACAGGACACUUACAGUCUGGUGGCUCUCAGAGAGAGGGCUCUGAUUAUUGACAUCAGUAUCAUUUGGAAACAUUAAAGAUGCGAAUUUUCAAGCCCCAUCCCAGACUUGUUGACUCAGAAUCCCUGGCCCAUGAGGACCAGUGUUUUAACAGGCCCUUUUGCUUCUGAUUAACGUUAAGUUUUACCAUCAUUUGGCUUGGUCUACGCCUAUUCCUAAGUUGUGUGAGACAAAUAACUUAGUCAUCUGUUUUCAGUAUUAAUCUUUUUUUUUAAGCAUCAUCUAAAUCAUCUUUUAGUUUUGCACGAAAGGCUGUUUUUAUUGUCCUGAGAGAAAGAUAUUCCUUUAUUGUAUAGCUUUAUAGCGGUGAUGGUGGUGGUGGUUUUCGUGAGGGGAAAAUAAGACUCAAAAAAGAAAAAGCCUACAAAAGCAAAGAGUGAUGAGUUAGAGACUGGGACAGAAUAGAAAAGCACCACAUGUCUGGGACUCGAAGCAUCCUCGGAUAAUUCCAGGUGCCCACGAGUACCCUAAAGGAGCACAGGUACGCGUGAACACUUUUCUAUUGUGCAGUGUUCUGGAAGCUGUGGUUUGGAGCGCUCUCUUUCCUGAGCAUCCCACUUGUUCAUAGAAUCAACUAUCUCUCUUUUUGUUUCUUUUCUUUUUUUGUUUUUCUAAACAGGGUUUCUCUGUGUGGCCCUGGCUGUCCUGGAACUAUGUAGACCAGGCUGGCCUCAAACUCAGAGACCCGCCUGCUUCUGCUUCCCUGAGUGCCGAGAUUAAAGGUGAUGUCCCAUUGCUUAAGUUCCUGAA